UCAGACUUGAAAUAUUCUCAAAAACACAACAAGUUAACAAUUUUGUUUUUGAUGUACUUUGUGGGUAACUCGAUCAAGCUUCGCGCCAUGGGUUGUCAGGAGAGCCAGCCAUCCCACUACUCGACAAACCGCCUCAUGAAAGCCUCCACGUCCUGUUUGGAAUCCCUCGCCAUCACAGUGGUUAUCUUUCUGACCAUUUUCUUCUACAUAUACGGUAUUUACAUCGUGCUGCCAACCAUGAUGGGAUCGUUUGGACAGACCUUCCAUGGAUUUCUCGGUGCGUGGAUUGUCUUUAAUAUCCUGGGAAACUUGUGGGCGUGCAACAGGACCAAGAACUGGGUUGCUAGUCUAUCUGCAACAGAACUGACCCCACGGAAGGGGGAGGAGUACUCGUGGAGCCGCUGCGAACCUUGCAACUUGCUUAUGCCCCCCAGAUCGUGGCACUGCAAGAUAUGCAACCGCUGUGUUCUGAAGCGAGAUCACCACUGCAACUUCACGGGCUGCUGCAUCGGCCACAACAACCAUCGGUACUUUAUUUGGUUUCUGUUCUACAUUACUUUCGGCACCGGCUUGGCCUUGGUUUACAAUCUCAUAUAUACUGUGAACUACGGACAAUUAACCCUGAUAGAUCCUAUAGUCCUAUAUGUCCUUGUUGUUGAAAUGCUGGUGGGUCUUGGAAAGGAAGAGAUACAUCUAAAAUAUUUCAUUUUUGUCAUCUUUUAUGUCAACGUCGUGUCCUUCGUGUUUGCGGCAGUCAAGUUUGGCUAUCAAAUGUGGUUAGUCCGGAAUAACACAAUGUUUUGCAGCAAAUCGAAAGAAAGUUACGAUAUGGGAUUCCGGGAGAACUUUCAUGAGGUGCUGGGCCUUCGGGGAUUUUGGACUAUAAUCUCGCCCACAAUCAAUAGUCCCCUGGCCCACAACGGAACCCAAUGGAAAUGUAAGCAAUCGGUUUAAGCCA